GUCCUGCCCAACGGUGCCCACCGGCCUCUCUUUCCUCUUGUUUUCUUCGGACGCGCUCGUUCGUUCGCGAAGGCCCCCCUUCCUCUCCUCACAUCCACUCCUCCCUUCCCUUCACCGACCGACCGACCGAACCGACCCCGGAAGCUCUCGCCCGGUCGCCUCCCUCCUCCCGAUCCCCACCGCCAUGGCCGCCGCCGCCGCGUCGUCCUCCUCCGAGGGUCCGGUCGCCGUCAGCACCUGCGUAUCCCUCGGCGAGGCAGCGGCGGCUCCAGGCGGCGGCGACCGGGCGGCGGCGGAUUGCGGGGUGUGCGCCAUCUGCCUCGACAGGAUAGCGCUCCAGGAGACGGCCCUCGUCAAGGGGUGCGACCACGCCUACUGUGUAACCUGUAUUUUGAGGUGGGCAUCCUACAAGCAGAACCCCCUGUGCCCACAGUGCAAGCAUCCAUUUGAAUUCCUCAGCGUGCAUCGCUCUCUCGACGGCUGCCUACAUGACUACCUGUUUGAGGAGAGCGUUUGCCUUCUCCUGAGGGCCGCUUGGUUUGAACCUCUGAUCGUAGAGGCUCACGAAGAGCCCCUGGAAGAUGAAGAGUUUUUUGACCAGCAGUACCAAUACGAUGACGAUGAAGAUGAUCUUGAUGAGGAAUCUUAUUACAUGAGCAGGUCCUCGAGCAUUCGUAUUGGUAACAGGAGAUGGGGUGACAAUGGGUACAUCAGAGGAGGUAGGAAAGAGGCGAGGCCAGUCAACACUGAUGCUUCUGCUGGUCCAUCCAGGACCCCGAAGAAGAAGAAAGAGAAAACUGCGUCGUCGUCUUCGGCGUCGGUGUCCGUGUCAGGUUCGGGAUCAGGGUCAGGGUCUGUGUCCAAGGAUGUCGCUGGAAGGCGAGCGAAGAGGGCGCAGAAGCGAGAAGCUGCGGACAGGGCAGCUGCAGAGAAGCACCUGAAGCACCUGCAGAGGUUGGGGCUGAGGAAAGCGCCCGAGCCUGAAGUGCCCGCGGAGGUUGGGCCUCUGGUGAACGAGUGACCUCACCAGCCACUGUGCGUAAUGGUGCUGCUAACAACACUGCAGCCCUGUAGGCCACAAAAUAAUCUUCCACUGUGAAGAGCUUGAGCGUGGCCUUGUAUCAUGGCAGCUUUUCACCUUGUUGUACAUAGUUUUAGUUUCUCAUCACUGUUUUAGAUCCAGCACAGAAAUGCAGAUGCCGUCUGCACGACUGAUGCAGCAAUGAAGUUUUAUCUCGUUCUUGGUACACCAUUUAGGUAUUACAUUAUUAUUAGGGGAUGCAAUCGACAUGUGUUUAUUCAUAUGUUACUAUGGGGACAAAUGAGGCGUGGACCCAAUUUCACACUGCAACCUUGUAACCAUAUGGAAUCACUUGCAGUUGACGUGAUAGUGAUCCUGUUGACUGCUCCAAUCUCGCGGUGCAUCUAA